CAAGUUUUAGUAUAAAAUUAAUGGUUUUAGUUACUUUACUCAUCCAUAAUUAUUAUUUGUGUACAAUAUUUCUUUUAAGUCUUCUGAGUUGUAUUUGUUGCUUAUAAAUGGUCUGCAUGGAAAACAAUAAGCAAUUAUGUUACGAAAACAAGGUUAUAUUAGCACCUAUGGUUAGAAUAAACACACUGCCGAUGCGUUUGCUAGCAUUGGACUAUGGAGCUGAUAUUGUUUUUACUGAAGAAUUGAUAGAUCAUAGGCUGAUCCGGUGUUGUCGUAAGGAAAAUGACACUUUACAAAGUGUAGAUUUUAUUGACAAAAGUGAUGCAACUAUAGUCUUUCGAACAUGCUCACGUGAAAAACCUUAUGUUGUUCUUCAGAUCGGGACAAGCAAUCCUGAACGAGCAGCUAAAGCUGCUAAAGUAGUAGAACAAGAUGUAGCUGGGAUUGAUAUCAAUAUGGGUUGCCCAAAAGAUUUCUCACUAAAAGGAGGAAUGGGGGCAGCUCUUUUAUUUCAUCCUGACAAAGCAUGUGCAAUUCUAUCUGCAGUAGUUUCCGCUGUUAGUAUACCUGUUACAUGCAAAAUUCGAGUGUUGCCUGAUGUUCACGAAACUGUUGAAUUGUGUAAAAAAUUAGCGGCUACUGGAAUUGCUGCCAUUGGUGUACAUGGCCGUACUGUUAAAGAGAGACCCAUGCAUCCUAAUAGGAACCAUUUCAUUAAAGCCAUUUCGGAAGCAUUAGAUAUACCAGUCAUUGCCAAUGGAGGAUCUAAAGAAAUUGAAGUAUAUGAUGAUAUUGCAAAGUUUAAAAAUAUAACUGGCUGUUCUAGUGUUAUGAUAGCACGAACAGCUGAAAAAAAUUGUUCUAUAUUUAAACAUGAUAGUAAAUUGGAAUUAGCUACAAUAAUAAGAGAUUAUUUGCGUCAUGCUGUUGACUAUGAUAAUAUUGCUCCAAAUACAAAAUACUGUAUUCAAAAUAUGUUACGAAAUAUCCAAGAAACUGAGCAGGGAAAAACCUUUUUGGAGUCUACAACCUUGCAACAAAUAUGUGAUCUCUGGAAAUUAGGCGAUUAUUGUCGUCAAAAUCAGAAAAAAAUGAAUUGUCUUCGUUUUGAAGAAAGAGAUGUUGCGUGUUGUGAUCAAAAACGAAUUAAACCCAAUCCAGUAGAAGAUUCAAAUGAUGUAAAUAGUUUAAAGUGUAUGUAUAUAAGAGCAUUGUUCCCAAGACCUGAAGACUUACCAAAAACAAAAUUGUUAAAUUGGGCAAAAAAACACCAUAAAUCAUUACCAAAGUACCAUACAGAACAAUUUGAAAAACUAUUCAAAAGUACUGUAACAUUUGAUGAUAAAAAAUAUUCAUCAUCUUUUUGGGAGAAAAAUAAACGAUGGGCAGAACAAGGUUCUGCAAUUGUUUGUCUACACUAUUUAAAUGUUUAUGAUACCGAUUAUUUAAAAUUAAAUGGAAUUCUUGGUUAGUAAAA